UGCGCCCCGCCCGUCCCGGCUCCCUAUCACUGCUACUGGCUUUUGGUCCCAACGUUGGACUGUCCUGCGGUGAGAAACUCCAGCCCAUCCGUCUGCGCUGGGACCGCCCGCCGCGCAUCUGCCCUUCUUCGCUGACUCCGCCCCGCAUCUGUCCAGACCCGCCUCGCGUCAGAGCUGACCCACUCACUGCACGUUUGCCAGUCAGUCUCUCCGGACCUGCCUCGAGCCUCAGGCUGCCGAAAUCACCGCGCCUCACUCGCCUCGACAGUGAUUCUGAGUCUGCUUUUAGCUUCCUUUUGCCUGCCUUGGCUUUUUCUGUUCGUGAACAGCUGUUUGGCCCAUAGCUUAGAGAAAGCAGCCUUUUUUUCUCUCCAAAGAGAACCUCCUCCCAGUGCUCAGAGAGAUGGGGAGCGGGGAGCCUAAUCCUGCUGGCAAGAAAAAGAAGUAUCUCAAGGCCGCUCUGUACGUGGGUGACUUGGACCCAGAUGUCACCGAGGACAUGCUCUAUAAGAAGUUCAGGCCUGCUGGCCCUCUGCGAUUCACCAGAAUCUGCCGUGAUCCGGUGACCCGCAGCCCCCUGGGCUAUGGUUAUGUUAACUUCCGCUUUCCUGCGGAUGCAGAGUGGGCCUUGAACACCAUGAAUUUUGAUUUGAUUAAUGGAAAGCCAUUCCGCCUUAUGUGGUCUCAGCCAGAUGACCGCUUAAGAAAGUCUGGAGUGGGAAAUAUAUUCAUCAAAAACCUGGACAAAUCCAUAGACAAUAGGGCCCUGUUUUACUUAUUUUCUGCUUUUGGGAACAUUCUGUCCUGCAAAGUCGUAUGCGAUGACAACGGCUCUAAGGGUUAUGCCUACGUGCACUUUGACAGCCUGGCCGCUGCCAAUAGAGCCAUCUGGCACAUGAAUGGAGUGCGGCUCAACAACCGCCAGGUGUAUGUUGGCAGAUUCAAAUUCCCAGAAGAGCGGGCGGCUGAGGUCAGAACCAGGGAUAGAGCAACUUUCACCAAUGUUUUCGUUAAAAACAUUGGAGAGGACAUAGAUGAUGAAAAACUGAAGGAACUUUUCUGUGAAUAUGGGCCAACCGAGAGUGUUAAAGUAAUAAGAGAUGCCAGUGGGAAAUCUAAAGGUUUUGGAUUUGUGAGAUAUGAGACACACGAGGCUGCCCAAAAGGCUGUGCUAGACUUACAUGGAAAGUCCGUCGAUGGAAAAGUCCUCUAUGUAGGGCGAGCGCAGAAGAAAAUUGAACGCCUGGCUGAGUUGAGGCGGAGAUUUGAACGGCUGAGGUUAAAAGAAAAAAGUCGGCCCCCAGGGGUGCCUAUCUAUAUUAAGAACUUGGAUGAGACAAUCAAUGAUGAAAAACUGAAGGAGGAAUUUUCUUCCUUUGGGUCAAUUAGUCGGGCCAAAGUGAUGAUGGAAGUGGGGCAAGGCAAAGGAUUUGGUGUCGUCUGCUUUUCCUCUUUUGAAGAGGCCACCAAAGCAGUGGAUGAGAUGAAUGGUCGCAUAGUGGGCUCCAAGCCCCUGCAUGUCACCCUGGGCCAGGCCAGGCGCAGGUGCUGAGAAUAAGAAUGAUCAAUUUGUUUCAGCCUUAGUUGGUGCCUACUUAGUUUGGGCUCUUUUGUGAUAAGGGGUUAUUUUAUGCUAAUUAGCAGGUUUUUUAAGUGAAUUAUUUCUUUUGAAAAAAAUGCAAAACUAGAAAACUUUGUCCAUUUUAUUAAAGAGCAUAAUUUCUAAUUGUAAAAUUGUCAUUUUGUACAUUUUUUGAUGUAAUAUCCUUAGAAAUAUGUAGAAUAAAGUGUAUUCCUCCACUUUUUUUCCCCUGAACAGUCGAGGUGAGGCAAUUGAUUGAGUAUAUUUCCCUUCUUAUUUCAAUAAUAUUCAAUUCAAUUUUUUUCAUGUAAAUAUUGUCAACAUGUUUCUUCUGAGUCAACCACAGUGAAAAGUUCUAACUUGCUUUUAGAAGUCAGUAGAGCAGUGGAAAAUAUAUGUGAUCCAAUUAACAUCUGCACAAUUUCACUUAAAAUUAUGCAAAAUGAAUGUUUUUUAAUGAAAUAUUAAAUUUCUUUUAUUUAUUUAGAUUCUUGUUUCAUUUUUUAAUAUGUUGUGAGCAUACUAAAUACAGACUUGAUAGUACUUUUGACUAAAUGUUCAGAGUGGUCAUAUUAACUUCUUGCCCAAAGAAGUAAGCAUAUUGGUGUUUUCUGAACUAGUCACUUAGAAAAUUAACACUUUAGGCAGUAGCUAUUUAAAGUAUGAAUUGCAUCUUAAAAUCCUUUCCUAAGAGAUUUGGUAUUUGAGUAUACUUUCAGUACCACUCCUACUAUUCAUUUUUCUAAAUUCUUUAGUACAUAUACUUGGUUCAUGUUAAAUUAACAAGAAAGAUGAAUAAAUGCACUGAAUUGCCUUUACCUAGAAAUAAUUUAAUAUUUUACCUUCAGCUUUUAUCAACUGUCAAUAUAAAAGGCAAAUAUUCCACAGAAUGAUGUUGAAAAACUUCUUGGAAGGACACCUUCUAUUAAACUUAUCUCUUGUAAAUUCUCCGAAGUAUCCUUUUGGUAAUAGUCACAGAUGUUUCGAAGGUAAGGAAUAGCUUGUCUCUUGGAUUAAGUCAUAUGCCUUCAGCCAUUAUAUGAGUACUGUGAAAUCAGUAUGGUUCUUCUUAUGUCUUGACUGCUUGAAAAUUAAAAAAGAAUAUUUUGUUCAAUGUUGCAGUUACAUUAAUUAGCCUGUAAUUUCUAAAUUAGAGAUUCUCUGCAUUUCACUUGCAGUUUUUCUGUUCUUCUCAUUGUCUGCCCUCCAUUCAUACUACACUUAUUUUUCUAUUUUUUGUAUUACCUUUUUAAAAAUAUAUACUAGUUCAAGUCCUUUUUGGAAGAAGAAAUACCUAAUUUAUGUAAAAUUUAAACAAUUACUUUUUUAUAAUAUGAUUCACUUAUGCCAUAGAUUCAACUAUUAGAAUAUGUUUUGUCUCUACUGUUAGUUUUAUUACCUUAUAUACAAAUCUUCGUUUUCAUACACAGUACAAAGUAAAUAUAUCAUUUUGUUAACACUUUUGUCAGCUCUUUAACCAUAAAAUAAUGACAAUAAGUUGUUUCUGUGUAUUCGUUUAUCUAUAAAUUACAGGUUUAUUCAUUUUCUAAUAUUUUCAAAAAGGAAAUCACUGUUUUUAUUGAUUAUAAACAUAACACAUGCUCAUUGUAAAAGAUGUACACAAUGCAGAAGGAAGUGAAGUUUCCACAGUUCAGAAAUAACAAUAUUUUCAAUGUGUAAAUAUCUUUUCAUAGCUUUUCUCCUAUGUAUACACAAGCAUUUUGACCAAAAAAGCCAUACUAUAUGUACUGCUCUGUAUUUUUAAUUCUAAACUGAACUAUAAUCAUUUUUUCAUGACAAUAAAUAUCAACCUAUAUCAUCAUCUUAGUGAUUGCAUAGUAUUCUAUUGUGUUGACAUAUAACUUAUCUAUAUGUCAUUGAAUCUAACUUAUCUGAAUUUUAACAAUUUACAUGUGUAAACAUGCAAUGAUGAACAUUCCUUGCUUAUCGUUAUCAAUUACAUGACUGCAAAAAAAGUCUAUAAUAAGUAAAAGCUUAAAUAUGAUAGUAGAAAUGUGCACAUCCAUACUGAUAUAUGUAUCAAAAUUUUGGAAUACAUUCAAGGUAUAUUCUGCAUUUAGAUUGACAAGUGGAAAACUGAAAACAAAUAUUAUUUUUCAUAUUUUCUGAGCCAACUUGCUUUACAUUAUUGUGAUUCUUAACAUACAUGAAAACUGUGAAACUGCAAAUAAACUUUAAAAUAUCUAUAUUGGUAAUUAUUUAUGAUAUAUAGUCUCCAUUUGUUUUUACCCAUUACCAGUUUUUAGUUAAAUUUAUAAACCUGAAAUAUCAGUGUCAGCCUGCAUCCUUACAAAUGCUUUGAUUUAAUAUACAUCUAGAAAGGUAUCUAUAAUGCAAAACUCAUCAAAUAAAAACACUUAAUCUAUUUUUGGAACAAUGUAUUUAAACUAUUACUAUUUUUGAAAAGCUAGCCAGUAUAUAGAAAAGAAGAAAUUAAAGUAUGCCUAAGUAUGGAUAAAAUGAAUAUAUUUAAGUCUCUGAUAAACUUGAAAAAAAAAACACUGUAAGGCCGGGCGCGGUGGCUCAAGCCUGUAAUCCCAGCACUUUGGGAGGCCGAGGCGGGUGGAUCACGAGGUCAACAGAUCGAGACCAUCCUGGUCAACAUGGUGAAACCCCGUCUCUACUAAAAAUACAAGAAAUUAGCUGGGCAUGGUGGCGCGUGCCUGUAAUCCCAGCUACUCAGGAGGCUGAGGCAGGAGAAUUGCCUGAAGCCAGGAGGCGGAGGUUGCCGUGAGCCGUGAUCGGGCCAUUGCACCCCAGCCUGGGUAACAAGAGCGAAACUCCGUCUCAAAAAACAGAAAACAAAAAAAAAAACAAAACACUGUAAAUUUCUUUGGUGAAAAUCAGAGGAAAGAUAUUCUCUAUUUGGACAUAAACACCAGGGUAGUUUUUCAAUCCUGUACUUUUAAAUUUUAGCUAUAUUUAAUAGACUCAUAGUAAUGAAGCCUUCCAAAGAGAAGCAACGCAAUCUUUAAUCAGUAACAAAGGAUUUUAAAAAGCAUUUUGCUCAUCAUUUCUUUUAGCACAAGGUAAUUAGUACAAAUUAAAUAGUUAGGUUAAGAAUGGACCAUUUUGUUUUGUUCUAUUUAGCUUUUCAAAACAACCACUUGUACAAACUGUAAGUGUACGCAAGGAGAAGAAAACUGAAAAUGCUGCUUUGUAAUUGCAAGCCAUCAUAGUCAAGGUGAUUUUGAGUAGCCUUUUUUGUACAAGAAGUCAGCACAUGUUGCUGUCUAUCUAGUAAUAAUGGAUAAGGAGAAAAAUAAAGUAUUACACAUGUAAGUGAUAUUUUUAGCCUAGUGGAAAAAGCUACAAUUUGUUUUUUAAGGGGAGAUGGGAAUGGAGUGAACACCCUUACUUUUUUUUUUUUUUUUGAGACGGAGUUUCACUCUUGUUACCCAGGCUGGAGUGCAAUGGCGCCAUCUCUGCUCACCGCAACCUCCGCCUCCUGAGUUCAAGCAAUUCUCCUGCCUCAGCCUCCUGAGUAACUGGGACUACAGGCAUGCGCCACCAUGCUCAGCUAAUUUUUGUAUUUUUAGUACAGAUGGGGUUUCACCAUGUUGACCAGGAUGGUCUCGAUCUCUUGACCUCGUGAUCCACCCGCCUCAGCCUCCCAAAGUGCUGGGAUUACAGGCGUGAGCCACCACCCCCAGCCAAAUACCCUCUUCUAUAUAACUUAACAAAUGAUUCCUUGCAGCUUCGUGACAGUUAAUAUAUCUCUCUUGGUUCCAGGAAGUCAAAGUAAGUUUUUAAAAAUCCUCAAGCUACCAUUGGAAAUAUGAGAAAAUAAAGGCCUGACGAAUAAGUGGCCUAAUUGAAGGGAAUAAUUAGAAAUGUGUCAAUAAAUGACUGCAGAUAGAUAAAACACGUUUUUUUUUCAGCACUUAUGACAAUAUCUGGAAUAUAGUAGGCAUUCUGCAAAUAUUUGUUGAAUGAAUGAAUUCAUAAUCUGUGAAUUAUAUCCCUCCAUUUGUUUGCUUUUCAAUUUCCUCAAUAUUUGACAAAAGAAAUAAGUUAUUACAGAAUAAUCCACUUGUAUUAAGGCCCAUCCUGUGAAGAAAUAAAAUUGAGAACUGAUUGGUUACACAAACUGGUGAUUAUGCAUAGUGUUGUUGGUUACAUAGACUAGUGCUUAUAGUGUUAAGGUUUUCUCUAUGCUUUCCUUCUCAUGCUCUGGUUUUUCAUUAUUUUUGUAUUUCAUACUUGAUUGAUGAGCCUAUCUUAAACAGACAAAGCUUCUAGUAAUUGGCAUAACUUCAAUAAAACAUUCUAUUUGUAAAGCAA